UGUGUGUUUACGUUUAUACCAUAGGUUCUGCUGUAUUUUUCUUUCUCAAGUUGAAAACAUGAAAACCAUGCGGUAGUUCUUUAAGUUUCCGAUUUGCAAGGCAUUGACAUGGUGAUUUACAGUCGACUCGUUUAAUUAAAGUUUUAUUAUAUCGUAGUGAUUACUGAAAAUUAUAUCGAGACGCAAAGAACGUUGUCAGUAGUUUGUGUUCAAAGAAGUCGUCAAAUUGUUAAAUCCGUGUGUUUUUUCCCCAAAUAAUUGCAUUUUUUUCCUCUGCCAACAUAACCUCAAGUGUUAAAUCAGAAAACAAUGGGAAGCAAACAGAAAGUAAAAAAACAAAAUGCGGCCGCACAGGAAGCUGUAGAACAAAAAGUUGCAGUUGUGGUUAAAGCUCAGCCAAAAUUGAAAGAGAAACCAGGCAAAAAGGACAAAAAGAAGAAUCAAGUUCCGGUUGCGCCACCACCUCCAGUAAAACCAGCUGAAAGCAGCGAAGAGAGUGAUAGUGAGGAAGACGAACCAAUGAAACCAGUUCCAGUUGCUAAAGUCGCUGUUGCAAAUGGAAAAGGCAAAGCUAAGGCUGCGCCAAAGAAGGCAGAAAGUAGUGAAGACGACAGCGACGAUAGCGAUGAAAGUGAGGCCGAAGCUCCAGCAAAAGUAAAUGGAAAAGCAACAGCAAAUGGUACGGCAGCCAAGACAAACGGAGCUGUAAAGAAAGCAGCAGAGAGCGAUGAGGAAUCUGAGGACGAGAGUGAUUCAGACGACGAUGAGGAAACAGCAAAACCGAAUGCUGCCGCAACUACAAAGAAAGCAGUGACUCCAGCAGCAAAGAAACCAGUCGCUAAGAAAGCCGAAAGUAGUAGCGAGGAAGAAGAUUCUGACGAAGAAAUGGAAGAGGCACCUAAGGCCGUGGCAAAACCAACUGUACAGAAAGCUGUAACUCCAGCAGCAAAGAAACCAGUCGCUAAGAAAGCCGAAAGUAGUAGCGAGGAAGAAGAUUCUGACGAGGAAAUGGAAGAGGCACCUAAGGCCGUCGCAAAACCAACUCUACAGAAAGCUGUGACUCCAGUAGCAAAAAAACCAGUCGCUAAGAAAGACGAAAGUAGCAGCGAGGAGGAAGAUUCUGAUGAGGAAGAGGACGCGAAACCUACAGUUGCGAAGCCUGUGGCGGUACAAAAGAAAAAAGAAAGUUCUGACGAAGAAGAAAGUAGUGAAGAAGAGAGCGAAGAAGAAACACCGGUGAAGCCAGUUGUCAACAAAACUGUUGCAAAGCCUCAAGCAAAAGCUGCUGCAGUAGUUCAGAAGAAGAAGGAGUCCUCUGACGAGGACGAAAGUAGUGAAGAAGAGAGCGACGAAGAAACACCAGCUGCUAAAACAGUGACUAAACCUCAGCCGAAAAAAGAAUCUGGUUCCGAAAGCAGUGAAGAUGAUGACGAUGAUGAAGAGGAUGAGGUCGAACAGAAACCGAUCGCCAAAACUCCUGACAACAAUCAAUUCCAACAUGGAAAACGAAAGGCAAACGAUGAAGACAGUACACCAAGUGCUAAGUUUAGCAAAAAAUUCGAUGGAGGUCGUCAAUCGAAUGGUGGAGAAGGUGGAGGCAUGACCUGUUACAAUUGCAACGAAACCGGUCACAUGUCGCGUGAAUGUCCAACAAAGAAUUCCGGAUCAACUUGUUACAAUUGCAACGAAACCGGACACAUGUCUCGCGAAUGCCCACAGAAAAAACAGUUUGGCGGUAACAGCAAUAGCACUUGCUACAAUUGCAACGAAACUGGUCAUAUGUCCCGCGAAUGUCCAUCGAAGAAACAAUUCGGAGGAGGCGGUGGUGGUGGCGGCAACAGCGUAUGCUAUAACUGCAACGAAACCGGUCAUUUUUCACGUGAAUGUCCCACGAAAAAAGCACUUAAAUGUUACAAUUGUCAAGAGGAUGGACACAUGUCUCGGGAUUGUCCAACUGGCAGCAAAAAUAAGGGAUGCUUAAAAUGCGGCUCCAACGAUCACAUGUACAGAGAUUGUACACAAGAGGGCGAUAGUUUUGCACAUGCCGAAUGCUUCGUAUGCAAAGAGAAGGGACACAUUUCGAAUCAGUGUCCACAACGUCAAGGAGGCAACUCACGUGGCGGUUUUGGACGUGGCGGUCGUGGUGGUGGUGGUGGACGUGGUGGUCCUCGAGGUGGUGGAGGACGUGGUCGAGGAGGCGGCGGUGGAUUCAAUCGUGGUGGUGGAGGAUUUAACAGUAGAGGUGGUGGAUUUGGUGGAAACAAAUUUGGUGCUAGCGCUUCUCCUGCUGGCAAUAAAGUCACCAAAUUUGAUGACUAAUUUUUUUUGAAAUUUUUAUUAUUCCUUGAAUGAACCAUUUUCAUUGAAAGCAAAACCAUUAUAAUAUUAGACGUGUAAUUCUUAAAAACAUUUUCUAAUUAAACGAAUGUUUCAUUUUAAGAAA